UAUGCAAACACAAGUACAUGAGGGGUUGUGUGAAAAUUAUUUUUCUCUUGCCAAACUACGAAGACAGAAUCAAAUUGCUUCUUUUGGACAGUCUGGUUUUUCUUUCUUUCUUUUUUUCUUUUCUUUUUCCUAUUUCUUGUGGAUAUUAUGGCUAAUAACACAACAAGUUUAGGAAGUCCAUGGCCAGAAAACUUUUGGGAGGACCUUAUAAUAUCCUUCACCGUAUCCAUGGCAAUUGGGCUAGUAAUUGGAGGAUUUAUUUGGGCUCUGUUCAUUUGUCUGUCUCGAAGAAGAGCCAGUGCUCCCAUCUCACAAUGGAGUUCCAGCAGGAGAUCUAGGUCUUCUUACAGUCACGGCCUCAAUAGAACUGGGUUUUACCGCCACAGUGGCUGUGAACGCCGAAGCAACCUCAGCCUGGCCAGUCUCACUUUCCAGCGACAAGCUUCCCUGGAACAAGCAAAUUCCUUUCCAAGAAAAUUAAGCUUCAGGGCUUCUACUUUCCAUCCCUUUCUGCAAUGCCCACCACUUCCUGUGGAAACUGAAAGUCACCUGGUGACUCUGCCCUCUUCCAACACGUCUCCCAGGAUCAACACUUCCCACAGUCUGAACCGUCCUGAUUUCCACUGGUCCAGUAACAGUCUUCGAGUUGGCCUGUCCACACCACCCCCACCUGCCUAUGAGUCCAUCAUAAAGGCAUUCCCAGAUUCCUGAGUAGUGUACUUGUGGCUUUUCUUUCUUUCUUUUCUUGUCUUUUGUCGAAAGGAAAUCAUAAAUAGACUAAAUAGAAUUUUGAGGGCAUGGCUCAAACAACUAAUGAAUUUCCAAGUUAAAAUUUGCUCAUACAAGUUGAACAUUACAAUGUAAAGCAAAUUCUUUGAAUACAUUUU